GAAAGUUGAUAGUAACUUUUCCUGAAGUAUAGCUUUCUUUUACAACGUGAUAUCGCGAUUUGUAUUUUCUGGGACUGUCUGUGUUUUGUUCAGUAGUGACUUAGUGCUAAGGUUUUUGGUGCAGGGGCAGUGGUUGAAACAAUAGUUGUGUUUUAAUUCCAAAUAUAUAGUGAUAUAAGGAAAUAAUUCAUCUGGAAAGAAAAAAUAUAGUUAAGCAAUAUUGUUCGCUAGUAUUACCAAAAAACAACAUAACCAGUCGUCAAACACCCCAAGCGCAACACAAAGGCAGUCCAAGCAAAGAUGAAUAUCGAGAUCACGCCAAACUACUCAUACAUCUUCGACUUCGAGAAUGAAUUCAUUCACCAGGAUACACGUGUUUGGAUGGUCAAAAACUGGACCUAUGUGUUCUAUUAUUGCGGAAUUUACAUGGCGGUGAUCUUCGGAGGACAGCAUUUUAUGCAAAACAGACCGAGGUUCGAACUGCGAGGGCUGUUAGCGAUAUGGAACUCGUUACUAGCAAUGUUCAGUAUAAUGGGUGCGUGUAGGACAGCGCCCGAGCUAGUGCACGUGCUGCGGCACUAUGGUCUCUUUCACUCCGUGUGUGUGCCUAGUUUCAUCGAACAUGAUCGCGUCAGUGGUUUCUGGACGUGGCUGUUCGUACUCUCCAAGCUACCCGAACUCGGUGACACAGUUUUCAUUGUGCUGAGGAAACAGCCAUUGAUCUUCCUGCACUGGUACCACCACAUUACGGUCCUGAUGUACUCCUGGUUCUCCUACACCGAAUACACCGCCUCAGCCCGUUGGUUUAUUGUGAUGAAUUAUUGCGUUCACUCGGUGAUGUAUACGUACUACGCGCUGCGAGCUUUGAAUUUCAAACCACCCCGCUCGAUCGCCAUGGUGAUAACGGCUCUUCAACUGACUCAGAUGGUCGUGGGCUGCGCAAUCAAUGUGUGGGCUCACGGGUUUCUACAAACUGCCGGAAAGGGCAGCUGCAACAUUUCUGAGAUGAACAUCAAACUCUCCAUCGCUAUGUAUUUCAGCUACUUUGUUCUAUUCGCUCGGUUCUUCUACAAGACCUACCUCUCAACAAACGCCCGUAAAGGCAAGCGUUCAGUCAAGUCUACUUCUAGCAGAAGUAGCGUUGUCACAGAGUACAACACCAUCAAGCAUGUAGAUGCACCCAUCAGCAGUAAUCUACAGACGAUGGCAGCACAAAACGACAAAGUCAAAGCACAGUAAGAUGUGGCUGAGCUAUAAACUCUUCACCAUAUGCACACGUACGGGAAACACAAGACAAGAAAUCAAAUUUCGCCAAAAGAAACAUUAAAUUGCCGAUUAUGUUGCUACUAAGACCACAGAGCAGUGCCCCGGUACCACAUAUAUGAAUGAAAAACCUUUAAUCAAAGUGGAAACAGAAAGAUUAUUAUUUCAAUCCCUAUUCUACCAAAUGACGUAAGUAAUUUCCUGUGCCUGCUUUCAUCUUAGCAGCUAAAAAUUAGUUGAACUAGAGCGAUGAUCCUACGAACAAGAAACCAAGUCCCGCUGUAGCAGCUCAGAAGGAAUCGCUCAACUUGACACGACAGCAGCGGUACAAAUUUUAAACGAUCGUGGUUCCUCGAACAGGAAUAAAACCUUACAGGAAUUUGAUUUCGAGUCAAAAUCCGAAUGACCAUGUCUUUGGUAAAAUUAUAUUAAGUAAUUCUUUCAAGUCAUCGGAGUACAACAGAUAGGGUCUUCAAUAGGGAUAUUAUUCGCCUUUUUGUUAUUGUGCUAAUUAUUAUUUCGAUGUAAGCUACCAGAACAAACUUAGAUUGAAUGUCAUUUGCCGUUUCUGUUUAGUUUCCCUGUAUUAAUUGCUCAUAGACUAUAUCAUUCCAACUUUUGAGUCUCAAAAAUAAGAGAAUGAAAAUACUUGACACCGGCAAAUGCUUCCAUCCAGUAUAAAGCAAAGAAAUAGCUGAAGCUAGGAGAUGCAAGGGAAAUCUUACGGGUGCAAAGUUACGAACGAGACUAUAGAGCAGUGUAGCGUGAAUCCAGUUAGCGAUUAUAAAUUAUUAUAGGAGUUGGAUAGUUGUUAUAUUAUUUUUCUUUCCAUUGUAUCAAACUGCGAACGUGGAUUAUUAGUCCGCUAUUGCAUAAGUUUCGUCCUCCCUGCUGCUGCUUCUGGCUAAUUUUAUUAAGAAUGAUGAUAUUUUGUUUAUAUCUGUAAACCAUAUGUUGGACCAUUAAUUCUGGAUUACUUCACGAUUGAGGGACAUCACUGAUUUAGUAAACAAACGCUUCGAGCGUUCAUAAAUCAGUCAUCUAUCUUCCUCUCCUGUCAGUUUUCUAUGCUACGUUUAGUCGCUUGAUUAUUAUUUGACACAUUCCCACGUUACGGGACACAAUUAGCAAUUAUUUUUACUGUGUAAAUGGGCUCUUGCUCCAUCAAAUUUUUGGCAAACAGGCUGUAAAAUUGGUGCCUAAAGGGGACUUUACCUUUCAGUUGCAUACCAAGGAUUUGGUUCAACAGGAACUGAUUUGCAGGGUGGGCAUCCUGUCCCGCAACGCUGGAAUGUGUCAUUAACUCAGCACUCGACGUGUUUGUUCACAAAAGCAGUUUUGUCCCAAUCUCGUAAUACAUGACACAUGUGAGAAAGUUUCAAAGAUUAUCAAUUACUUGGAAUUAUUUUGACUGCUAUAGGUACUUAGAAACCUAAUGCAGCCGAACACUUUCGAUUAGUUUAGCAACUCUUGAGUAAAACUAUCAACCAAUUCAACUUCUGAUAAUACCACAAAAACUUGCGAUAGUGAUAGAACUCAAUAAUCCAGUUGAAAGCAACACUAAACUGAAAAAUGAUAUUCGAAAAACGGGACCUUAAUCGAUGGUUUUGUCAGCUUAAACAUUCGACUAAGAUUUGACAUCUAAAGUAGGUUGUAAAAAAGUUCUUCAUAUUCUUCAAACUUUGAACGGGUAUUCUUUUGUGGUAUGAAAACAACAUUGUUGUUUUUGUAUCAGUCUAAGAUGAGCCGAGUUAAGUGCUAAAUCUGGCCUAAAAAGUGUUGGGCCUUUGUGAGAUCUCAAGCAGAAGUCGCAAAUUCGUCCCUGAUUUGAUGAACGGUUGACUCAUUUUGCUACAUCGCUUGCAAGACAAGGUUUUUUUUGUGGUUUUCAAUAAUUUCUUCUUUCGUAUAUCGUGCUCUCAGCAACUGCAAACUUAGGGGUUGCAACAUAGUAUUUCUGUCACUGUAUUUAUCUGGUAUCGGCCUCGAUGUCGGUUUCAUCAUCCAUCACAAUACAGAACGGUUUUGUGAGCUUCCUUGCGCGAGUUUAGGCUGCCGUAUUCCGUUUGUCGCUCGGUUCCUGUCGAAUUAUGAAGACAUAUAGUCCAGAAUAUGUCUUUGUUUUUUGUACAAAACAAACAGAAGCUUGCGUCCGUUUUUUUUUAUACAUCCCAAAUCGAAAUGUUCGUUUAACGCUUGAGCUAGAAGGACCAUCCUGGUCUUCUUCGGAUAUACGGUGCCUCGCAUCCUACUGCUACUAUCUUUUCGCAUGGCAGUCUGAUGCUUCCUGAACGUUAUGGACAUGUAGAACACGGUUGAAUGUGCGAUUCCGAGUUAAUUACCGAUUUACUCUUAUUAAUUUGCCAUUCUAAACAAUAUUUUAAAAAUUGCAGUCAUUUUAGCCACGUGGUAAAAACUUACAAACAAAUGUAUGUGUCCUCGUUUUUCGAAUACAGUCAUUGAAAUAAAAAAAAUAGUUUGCAACGUUUAUUGCAGCUUUUAGAAGGGGUAAAUAUUCUUUUAAGUCACUUCGUAUUAUGUGAUUGAAAAAUCGAACUGACACCAGUUAGUGACACAAAAGAAACUGAAAUUUUAGGAAUAAUUAGACUUAGUUUUUGAUUUAUAUUCACCUAAUGGAGGGUUGUAUAACAAUUGUGGGACUUACGGUUUUAUUGUUGAAAGUAAAGCAUUGGGAUUUCUUGUAUACCUACCAGCAAAAUGAAACCUACGAUCAAUUCGAAUUCUAUUGAACAUACUGCAUGAACCACGGAGUUUGUUUUUUCGUUCUUAUUUACUUGUAUAUGACUCUACGCGAUUAUGACGUAAACUAUUAUAGAAAGUGAGGAAGUGUCUGAUGCUCCAAUAUAUUGUUGGUCUAAAUCCGAAUUUUUCGCAUCAGACACUUCCUCACUUUCCAAAAUACUUUACGUCAUGACCGCGUAUAGUGAUAUACGAGAAAAUAAGACAGAAAAAACACACCCGGUGGUGGAUUUAAUCCAAGACUUGCCGUGCGAACGUCGGCAACGUAUUGCUCUACUUCUAUCACACUGAUCAAGUAAAACCGAGUAAACAAAGAGCAGUCAUACAAAUAUUAUCGUCGCAUGGGGAAGUGUGUGACGCGGAUACGGGGAGUGAUAGAAUUGGGAGAUUAGACCAUUUUACGGAUAACAUUGCUGCUGAUAUUGAUAUGGCUUUCCCGUGGGGCAACUAUGUUAUAUCAAGUACCAGCACAGGGAAAACGCAAUAUCAAUAUCAGCAAGUUACCAUGUCUCCUGUCACGUAAAAUGCUAUAUAAAACAAAAUCAGGUAUUAGCCUACCUAAUAUAGUGGGUGGUGGUAGUUUAGUUAGUAAAACAGUCGCGUACUAACCGAAAGGUCGUACGAACCCCACCUACCAUCAUCCCGAUCGAAAUUUACCAAUUCAUCCAAUUGAUCAUUCUUCGCAUCAGAAACUUCCAAAAUACUACAUGAAACUUGAAGCAGUAAGAGAAUAAGCAUUUAGCUUUAUUCAGGUGCUAUGCUGAACAGUGCUGCUAUUUACCAAAUUUAAAUAUUAUGGACGCUAUGAAUGGACUUGAAUGCACAAGCGAGUUAAAUAUUGUGAUUUUGAUCAAGAACAAGCAUCUUUUUAUCCCAUUAAAAUGACUCAAAAUAAGUAUCUUAUUUUUUGAUUAGCCAGAAAGCAAGCAGCAGCAUGAUGCGUCUCCAACUUUUCAGCGCACGAUUCUGAAUUAUAUAACCGUUUAAUUUUCUUUAAAUUGCCCGUUGUUUGGACAUUUGAAAUAAAUAUAAUCAACAAAACUAGAAACAUGUGAAGUAAAUCAAUAAAUCCCACAAUUCUAAAAUUGACCAUCUGGUAAAAAAAAAGAUAAUACAAACCUGCGGAUUAUCCCGUCCCACAGAAGAAACCAUUGAAAACAAAGCAUGUUCACUAUCAAUUAAUCGCCUUUUGCUUAUAAAAAGCAGAGUUUGCAAAUCAGGUAAUGUGGCGAAUGAAAAAAUAUCGAGCAAGUAGUUAUAGCUAAACGAAAGAAUUGAAAAUGCGUAAUGAAGUUUUUUUCUCGGAGCGAAAAGAAUAAACCAAAAGGUGCUGCUGCAGAACAUUAUUGCGAACAAUUGCAAACCCAAUAAAUGCUAAAGCAAUUAUCUAUUGUAAAUACCUCCAUUCCUCUAGAUUUUCGCAUGCGUUUGCAAAUUUAGGCUUUUGUCCAAAUUCUGUACAGAGAUAGCUGUAGGACACGGAUAAUGUACACAGUGUAUUGCCUGGCAUGACAUUCCUUCGCAAUGGUGAACGGUUAUGGAUUAUCGGGUGAGCAACGACGGCAGCAUUUACAUAAUAAUAUAAACCAAGCAAACCUACUACAUAACACAAAAUUAUAUAAAUAUAUUUUUUUGCGAGGAUUUAUCCGCAACAUGACAUUUUUUGUGAGAUCGAAACUGAACACAUUUGAACAAAUUACCCUGAAUGAGUGUUGUUUUGCGUUUAACCUUUGGCUGGUUCUGUUUUAAGUGUGCAACACACAAGCUUUAAUACACACAAACUAUUUAUUAUUAUACAAAACAAAUUUCAUCAUACUUCGCUACAUUCGUAACUAUUUGCAACAAAAGGUGGCUGAAUAAUAAAAAAUAACGUUUAAUGAAAGAUGUUAACAAACAUAUGGUUCAUUAUUAUAGCAGUGGUUUAGAAUCCUAACCUUAGGCUGAUGAAUGCAAAUGAACAUGAAACAUUGCAACUAGUGAAAAAUAAAUUG